AAAGAAUGGUAUUAGUCGAACACUAUAACAGGACACGGCAUUUUGCCCUAUGGCGCGACCAUCUGGCAUGUGUUUUGUCCCUUAUAUCUCUUCAUUUUCAUUUGUAUUUCUCAGGAAGCGGUCUUACAAUACUUGUCCGUAGAGUAAUCACUUGACGCAAGACUCGCUCGAGUUCGGAGGUAUUAGCGCAUCAUUCACCUUCCAAAUAUCCAAGUCUUCAACACGGGCCUCCCUGGCAGUAGAAUUACAACGCCUAUCACGACACAAGUACUUGGGGGAGCUAUUUGACACCAUAAGCACACAAAUUACCUUCCAAAAAUUCAAGUCUAUAAUUGGUACUAAGUGCAAGCUGGAACAAAAGAUAACCUAAAAUAUAAUGAAUGAAUCGGACUAUUUUAAUAACAAGACCUACUGGCGAGGACCUCGAGACACGGUGCAAGGACUCGUCAUAAAGACCUUCGCUCUGAGUUCAAUCUCGCUAAUCGCCAUUCUCGGAAACGUGCUCGUCAUUGCAGCUGUUUAUCGCGUUCCGCGCAUGCGCACAGUCACUAAUUAUCUCAUUGUAAAUCUCGCCACCGCAGAUCUUCUAUACGUCUUGAUUGACGUGCCGCCAUUUUAUUUGGAAAUCUUUAACAUGUUCGAGUGGUGUUUGGAGACAUAUAUCCGAAGCAUCUAUUUCUGUAAAGUGGUUAACUUCGGCCAGUGUCUGUUGGUUUCGACUUCCGUCUUAACAUUAGCGUGUAUCGCCGCUGAUCGAUACUUUGCUAUUGUUCGCCCUCUCAAGCGAAUUCUGACAAAGCCUGUUUUCCGUUGGCUCGUCCCAGUCGUCUGGGUUAUAUCAGCAGGCCUUGCUACACCGAUAUUGUACGCGUAUCGUGUGAUUAACUAUCAAGGUUACUUUGUAUGCAGUGAGGAAUGGGGACCCGGCCUCGAUGUGGUGCAAACGUCCCGGAUUUACACAUUAGUGUUAUUUGUUGUUGGGUACUGUGUACCGUUUGUUGUCAUGGCAACCAUGUACUCCAUCAUGUUCACAAAGCUGUGGGUGCGAAAGAUACCCGCCUCAGCCUGUAGUCGAAGUUGCCAAAUCGUGGAAUCUCGCAAGAAGGCAGUGAUAAUGCUCAUCACCGUAUUUGUUGUGUUCGUCUGUUGUUGGUUACCAGUGCAAGUUCUAGGCUUCAUGUGGAAUUACGGUGAAUACGAUAUCCCUGCGCCUGCGCUGUUCGCGUGCAAGAUUCUGAUGCGUGUGCAUGCGGCAACUAGCCCAUGUAUCUACGCGGCGUUCAGCGAGAAUUUUAGGAAUGCUUUCAAAAUGGUAAUUCUCCAGCUGUGUUGUUGCUGGAAAGAGUCCGUCAAGUCUCGUCUGAUACUUGAAAUGGCAAAUAAAGUAUCUUUCUCGCGGAGCCGUUCAGAGACACGAAGUACAAUAAAAUACUUGUAUAACAGGCGCGAUAGCGGAGCACGGCAACUAUAGUGGAAAUAAGUUAUAUGUAAUGAAUGGUAAAUACAUAUAUACAGAUAAUGAUGUGAUUAAAUUGAUUGGAUUAUCAUGACAAUAGCGACAUAGUUGUUGAAAAUAAAACAAAUCGCAUUGCAUGCUGGA